AUGGCGCCCAACACGGACGAAAAGACAGUCGAGCCACUUCCCGGGCCGACGACAACCACAAGCCAGCAGGGCAGCAGUAGCCGCCGCGGGCGUUCCUCUGGAUGGUGGAAGGUCCAGCUCUUCCGCGGUAUGGUGAACGACCUGCGGCGCCGGGCGCCCUUUUACGUCAGCGAUUGGCUCGAUGCGUGGGAUUAUCGUGUCGUACCGGCGACCGUGUACAUGUAUUUUGCAAAUAUCCUCCCAGCCCUGGCCUUCUCCCUCGACAUGUUCACCAGCACCGGCUCAACAUACGGCGUCAAUGAGGUCUUACUGGCUUCGGUGCUCGGAUCCGUUGUCUUUGCCGUGUUUGCAUGCCAACCUCUGGUCAUCGUCGGCGUCACGGGCCCGAUUACCGUUUUCAACUAUACCGUGUACGACAUCAUGAAGCCCACGGGAGUGAACUACCUGGCCUUCAUGUGCUGGAUUGGAAUAUGGUCCCUCAUCCUCCACUGGAUCCUCGCGAUAACAAACUCCUGCAACUGGCUGCGCUACGUGACCCGCUUCCCCUGCGACAUCUUCGGCUUCUACGUCGCCUUCAUCUACCUCCAAAAAGGCAUCCAGGUCCUCGAGCGCCUGGGUGAUGCCGAGCCGUUCUACCUGUCGAUCGUCGCCUCGCUGCUCGUCUUCAUGGUUGCGUACGUCUGCGCCGGCCUUGGUGGCAGCAGCCUGUUCCAUCACCAUGUGCGCAUCUUCCUCAAGGACUACGGCACUCCACUCACCCUCAUCUUCUUCACCGGGUUCGUGCACAUUGGCCGGAUGAAACCGAUCGACUUGGAGGUCCUCCCGACGGGCAUCGCCUUCAUGCCGACCGCGGACCGGGGCUGGCUCGUACACUUUUGGGAUAUCCCCGUCGGCGAUGUAUUCCUCGCGCUUCCGUUUGCGGUAUUGCUCACCAUCUUGUUCUGGUUUGACCACAACGUCUCUUCACUCAUCGCUCAAGGCACCGAAUUUCCCCUCCGGAAGCCAGCAGGCUUCCACUGGGACCUCUUCCUCCUCGGCCUGACGACCGGCGUCGCGGGCAUCUUGGGCCUGCCCUUCCCCAACGGCCUCAUCCCGCAGGCGCCCUUCCACACCGAGUCACUCACCGUGCGCAAGUCCGAGGCGGAAGUCGACGAGAAGGGCGAGCUUACCGGGAAACAUGUCACAAAGGCCUCUCACGUGGUGGAGCAGCGCGUGUCGAACCUGGCGCAGGGCCUGUUGACGCUCGGCACGAUGACGGGCCCGCUGCUGGUCGUGCUGCACCUCAUCCCGCACGGCGUGCUGGCGGGGCUGUUCUUCGUGAUGGGCGUGCAGGCGCUCGAGGGCAACGGCAUCACGCUCAAGAUCCUGUUCUUGCUCAAGGACAAGAAUCUGACGCCGCCGAACCACCCGCUGAACCAGAUCCGGCGGCGGGCCGUGUGGGAGUUUGUCGCGAUCGAGCUGGUGGGCUUCGGGGCGACGUUUGCCAUCACGCAGACCGUGGCCGCGGUGGGAUUCCCUGUGUUCAUCAUGCUGCUGAUCCCGAUCCGCGCGUGGCUUCUGCCGCGGCGGUUUUCGGGACAGGAGUUAGGGGUUCUGGACGGGCCGACGGCGAGCCCGUUUACGAUGGAGAGCUGUGGCGGUAUUCAUGGGGUAGAUGCGGACGACUCGGACGAGACGAGGUUCGAGGAGCCGAGGAGGCGGGGGAGUGGGAGUGAGGGGGUGUUGGCUCCGGGGAGGGGGCCUGAGGAUGAGGCUGAGUUGGGUAGGGCGGGGAGUGCUGGGUCUGAGGGCAUGAGAAGGAGAGGAUGA